CAGUAUAAUAAUAAUAAUAUUAAUAAUAAUAAUAAUAAUAAUAUUUAUUUCUACAAGUACAGCUAUGGUCUGUACAAGUACAGACUAUAGCUGACAUCAAUGACAUACUACUAGUGAGAGGUUGAAAACAGACAAAAUAAUUUCUUUAUAUAUUUUUUUAGCUGGUCACAGAUUAGAAUAUCUUGAAUCGUAGUAAAACUCACAACUGAAGCUUUGUUGACUUUCUGGCUACAAAGUCAGUAAGUUAGUAUGUAAGCUUGGCCUGUAUACCUUGUACAUGUACCUCUAGAAAUAGAUAUAUAAUAUAAAUAUAUACAACAUCAUUUUUUGACUUAUUGAAUAAUAAGAAUAAUUUUCCGGUUUAGAUCUAUAUAGGAGUAAACUGUCAUGUAUCAUCGGUCAGUAAGUUGGAUACAUAUUGUGGAAUACUGAACGUAAAUUUAUAUACACGUUGUUUGUGUCCUUAUCAGGAUCACCAACUGUCUCGCUACUUUCUCAUCCGAGACUAAAGCAAUGAGGAGGUGGUGCUUGCUCCUGGUAGUGUUGGCAGCCCUGGUUUACCUAUUGUAUACCGGUUUUGGUGCUGCUGGUUCCGGUCCUGGUGCUGCUGGUCCUGGUACUGGUGCUGCUGGUCCCGGUUCUGGUGCUGCUGGCCCCGGUCCUGGUGCUGCUGGUACUGGUGCUGCUGGUCCCGGUUCUGGUGCUGUUGGUCCCGGUCCUGGUGCUGCUGGUCCUGGUACUGGUGCUGCUGGUCCCGGUCCUGGUGCUGCUGGUCCCGGUCCUGGUGCUGCUGGUCCCGGUCCUGGUGCUGCUGGUCCCGGUAUUGGUGCUGCUGGUCCAGGUCAGGUCAUCACAGGUACUGGGAGAGUACCGGGAGACAAGGUUACAACAGCUGCGGCAUUGUCUGAGAAGUGUUACCAGUACACAGGACUGACAGCCAUCAACACUUGUUGCAAGAUGCUCGACUACGCUGAGAACAACGGCAACAACAUACUGCAAUGUGCCAACACAAGCACUCAUACACAAUACCUCACAAAACAAAGGAGCAGCCCGUCAGCAGCGAGCAGUGUGUGGGCAGGAUGGAGAGGAAUAUAUCCGCCAGCAGCAGAAACAGUGGCAACAGCAGAAGAAAGAGCUGAUGAAACCGAUAACAUGGGUGGUCGGGGUCAGCACUGGGUAAUGCUUGGAGACUCCCACAUCAGAAACGUCUUCGAGGUACUUGUCAAGCGAAUCAGUCCCAGAUUGAAGUAUCGACUGACUUCUUUUAGGAAGGAUGAGUGGAGAGACAUCGAGCACAUCUAUGAGAAGCCAUGGAAGGCGUACCAUAAUGAAACCAUCGAGGUGGUUCACCUGGACGUUCCCUUGAGACUCACUUUCUACUGGGAUCCUUUCCACCAACUUCUGUCAGACCUGCUCCACAAGUGGCUCACUCCGGCACACAGACUCCAGGUCCCCUCUGUCCUCAUUAUUAGUGAUUCAGUCUUACACUGGCUGAUGAGAUCAAUCGUUCUAUUCACUGACCGGGACGCCAUGGAUAUGAACAAUCAGCAGGAUUUAAUGCAUCACCUGAGGCAGCUUAACUCCUUCUCACAGCACAUUACUGUUAUCUUCAAGAUGCAAGACUAUAUACCACUGAAUACAUGGGGGAGCUACAAAAAUAAAAAUGUGGAUCUGUACAACACUUUCAGCAGAUUUUGUUUACUGGGAAGCAACAUUGUCACCUGGGACAGCACCGUACCACUGUCAGCAGCCUACGUUCAACAGUGUCAGAAAUAUUUCUGGAAUACUCCAGAUAUGAGCUGGAGAUGUAGUGAUGGAGAACAUGUUGGCUACAUCAUAAUUGAAACAUAUAUUGAUAUGUUAAUGAAUUAUUUAUGUAAUGGCGUUCUUAACCUCAGCAAUGAAUAUUGUCUUGCUUAAACAGGGGUCAGUUUAUUAUUUUAAAAACUAUUAUAAUAAUAUAAUAUAUAAUAUCUAUAUUUUUACAAGUACAUGUACAAGGUAUACAGUCCUAGCUGACAUCAAUGACAUACUACCAUGUAGAAAGCCACUUGUUAUGCAUAACAUUUCAGGCAAACUAGGUCAGUUUUAUCCCAGAAUGCGACCCACACCAGUCAGUAACACCCAGGUACUCAUUUUACGCUUCUAGCUAGUUUCAAGUACGUCAGAAAACGUCUCACAUGGCUCGGAAACGUCAAAAUAUGAUUGUUUUGAAGUUUACAAAUUAAUCCUAGGACUCUACUGUCUCUGGGAUUCUUUCGUGUUAUGUAUGGAAAAUUUGAUCUCAUAACUUGAGUCAAUAAAUCGUAUUAAAACGAUUGCAAGUAACUAAAGAAAUUACAGACUGGGUGAGGUCUUGAACCCAUGGCAGGACUCACUAGCCAUGGUUUCAACACCUCACCCGGUCUGUGACUUGAGUCACAUAUGAUGUGAUAUUGAAUUUGUUUUAACAAGAGAGACUAGUAAGCCAGGGGAAAGCCUCUGUCACAUCACCCAAAGCUCACUAGGCAUCAAGAAACAGUUUCAUAAUCUUCGGUACAAACACAAAAAUAAAGAUUUACAUUGUGGAAGCCAAACAUGUUGAAGUAGUUGUGACAUUUACUGAGGACUUCGACCCCCUAGAUCACUCACCGCUCAUAACCAUAACAAAACAUACACAACAAAUACACAACAAAAAAUAAGAAAAGAAGAAAAACUAAAAACAACGCACGUAAACACUGAACACAAGUACACACUGUCACACCAAGUACAAAGUCAUACCAAGUACACAGUCACACCAAGUACAAAGUCACACCAAGUACAGGAAAAGUCGGUCGAUGGAUCUAUAAUUUCCUCACUAACAGAACACAGAGAGUAGUAGUCAACAGAGUGAAGUCCGAGGCAGCUACGGUGAAAAGCUCUGUUCCACAAGGCACAGUACUCGCUCCCAUCUUGUUCCUCAUCCUCAUAUCCGACAUAGACAAGGAUGUCAGCCACAGCACCGUGUCUUCCUUUGCAGAUGACACCCGAAUCUGCAUGACAGUGUCUUCCAUUGCAGACACUGCAAGGCUCCAGGCGGACAUCAACCAAAUCUUUCAGUGGGCUGCAGAAAACAAUAUGAAGUUCAACGAUGAGAAAUUUCAAUUACUCAGAUAUGGUAAACACGAAGAAAUUAAAUCUUCAUCAGAGUACAAAACAAAUUCUGGCCACAAAAUAGAGCGAAACACCAACGUCAAAGACCUGGGAGUGAUCAUGUCGGAGGAUCUCACCUUCAAGGACCAUAACAUUGUAUCAAUCGCAUCUGCUAGAAAAAUGACAGGAUGGAUAAUGAGAACCUUCAAAACUAGGGAUGCCAAGCCCAUGAUGACACUCUUCAGGUCACUUGUUUUAUCUAGGCUGGAAUAUUACUGCACACUAACAGCACCUUUCAAGGCAGGUGAAACUGCUGACCUAGAAAAUGUACAGAGAACCUUCACGGCGCGCAUAACGGAGAUAAAACACCUAAAUUACUG